AGAGAUAGAGAGAGGUGUAGCGACAAAGGAGAGAGAGAGAGAGAGAAGGAGACUGAGAGAGAGGGAUAGACAAUAGACUUUAAUCACUCAUGUGGCCAGAGUUGGGUGGCUGCCAAGUUAACUGCAUUUUAGAGAAACAAGAGAGAGAAAGAGUGUGUGUGUGUGUGUGUGUGUUUAUGAGAGCUUAAGGAAGCAGUGUGUGUUCGUCACACACUCUUGAGGGGGAGCGUGCGUCAGCCACCUCACACGCUGCUUAUCCUGACCCGGGGAUCUCCUCGGCACUUACUCAGGAAGACACAGCAGGAGAGCCCGCCCGACGCUGGGCGCUGUAAACAGACUUUUCCUGAGGCUAACACACACACACAUAGACACACACAGCAGUGCCAACUUUGGCCAAACUUUGCACCUCAGACAGUGCAAAGAGAGAAGAGAGAGAAGAGAAAGAAGAAAGAGAAGAGAGAAAAAUAACGGGAAUCUCAGGAACUUGGGAACAGCUACCAUCUCAUUGGUCGGGUAUUGAUCUGUUCCGCUGCUCGCCAGAGGAGCCAAGCCGGACCGCAACCAGAACCAGAAUCAGAACCACCACCACCAGCACUUCACCACCCUGCCCUCCAGAGUAGAGUAUGCCCUGCCGUGGACCCAGUGCCGGCUAGCCAUGAUCUCCCACUACCCGCUGACCUCUCUGCUUCCCUGGCCGCCCAUUCCCCAGUGCCUCGAGCUGGAGAGGGCCCUGCUGGAUGGAGAAGGAGGGGUGGCCCUGCAGAGGUACCAGGCUCGGUCCCCCGACAGCAGCCCUCGACACUGGAGCUCAGUGCAGGACUGGGGGGAGGAGGUGGAGGAGGGGGCCAUCUACAACGUGACGCUCAAGAGAGUGCAGAUCCAACAGGCGGCCAACAAGGGAGCGCGAUGGCUGGGGGCGGAAGGCGACCGCUUGCCCCCGGGCCAUACGAUCAGUCAGCUUGAGACGUGUAAGAUCCGUAGCAUCCGCGCCGGCACUCUGGAGCGGCUGGUGGAGACACUGCUGACCGCGUUCGGGGACAACGAUCUGACCUACACCAGCAUCUUCCUGUCCACCUACCGCGCCUUCGCCAGCACGCAGGCCGUUCUGGAGCUGCUGCUCGACAGGUACGGCAGUGUGGAGGACCGCGAGGGCGAGAGUGGCCCGUCCAGCCCCUGUGAGAGCCGGGGAGCCGUGAGGAAUGUGUUGGCGUCCAUCCUGAGAGCGUGGCUGGAUCAGUGUCCAGAGGACUUCCAGGAGCCGCCGGACUACACGUGUCUGACGCUCGUGCUGGACUUCCUGCAGAGGGCGCUCCCCAGCUCCGAGGCCCUGCGCCGCGCCAAGAGCCUCCUGGAGCAGCUGAGGAGCCAAGCCAGCCUGGAGGGCGAGACGGACGGAGGUUUCCAUGGCAACAGCCCCUUCUGCCUCGGGGAGGAUGAGGACGUGGAGAUCGAGGCACAGGAGGACUUCCUGUCCUUUGAAGUGGAUAUGGUGGCCGAGCAGCUGACCUACAUGGACGCACUGCUGUUUAAGAAGGUGGUGCCGCACCACUGCCUGGGCUCCAUCUGGUCCCAGCGGGACAAGAAGAAGAACAAGCAUAGUGCGCCCACCAUCCGCGCCACCAUCGCCCAGUUCAACGCCGUGGCCGCGUGCGUGGUGAGCACCGUGCUCCACCGCCGGCAGAUCCGACCGCACGUGCGUGCCCGCAUCAUCCAGCGCUGGAUAGACAUUGCACAGGAGUGUCGCAUUCGUAAGAACUUCUCCUCCCUGCGUGCUAUCGUCUCUGCACUUCAGUCCAACCCCAUCUACAGACUCAAGAGGACGUGGGCCUGUGUGCACAAGGACAGCAUGCAUGUGUUUGAGGAGCUGUCGGACAUCUUCUCCGAUCACAACAACUACCUGACUAGCCGAGAGCUCCUGAUGAAGGAGGGCACAUCUAAGUUUGCCAGCAUGGACAGCUGUGCUAAGGAACACCAGAAACGCUCCCAGAAGCGCCUGCAGCUGCAAAAGGAAAUGGGCGACAUGCAGGGGACAAUACCGUACCUCGGGACAUUUCUAACGGACCUGACCAUGCUGGACACAGCUUUGCCGGACUUUGUAGAGGGCGGCCUGAUCAACUUCGAGAAGAGGCGCAGGGAGUUUGAAGUGAUUGCCCAGAUAAAACUGCUUCAGUCUGCUUGCAACAGUUACUGUCUGAAUCCCAACCAAACGUUCCUGCAGUGGUUCAGCAGUCAGCCCCAGCUGUCUGAGGAAGAAAGCUAUGGUCUGUCCUGUGAGAUUGAGGGGCUUGGAGACAGCAGUCCGACAUCGCCCAAACCUCGCAAGAGUAUGGUGAAGAGGCUAAGUCUGCUAUUCCUGGGAGCAGACACCACCACAUCAAAUUCCCCAAUCAGGGAAACUCCUCGCUCGCCCCCUACUGGGAGUUCAGGGGAGAGCAUGGACUCAGUCAGUGUGUCGUCCAGUGACUCAAGCCCCUCAGACAGCGAGGGAAUGACCCCUACGCACUCCUCAGAGACCCAGCUGAAGAAGCUUUCAGAAUCCUCCUCCUGUACCUCUCUGCACUCUAUGGACACGACUUCAUCUUCGGCCAGCAACCCUUUGAGCCUGGCGUCCCCCACCCAGCACUCGGCCAGCAACCCUUUGAGCCUGGCCUCCCCGACUCAGCCCUCGGCGCCCCACUGCACCCACCGCCGCUCGUCCUCCCUCACCCCCAUGACCCCCACCUCCCCCAGCCUGCCCCCCGCCUACAACACGCAAGCCCAGGACGCCUGCAUCAUCCGCGUCAGCCUGGAGCAAGGCAACGGCAACCUCUACAAGAGCAUCAUGCUGACCAGUCAGGAUAAGACCCCAGCAGUCAUCUCCAGAGCCAUGGCCAAGCACAACCUGGAGGAGGAGCAAGCUGAUGAGUAUGAGCUGGUGCAGGUCAUCUCUGAAGAGAGAGAGCUGGUGAUCCCUGACAACGCCAAUGUGUUUUACGCCAUGAACACCUCAGUCAACUUCGACUUCCUGCUACGUCUGCGCGGCACUGAGGGGCGGACAGUUCAGCUGCGCAGUCGCUGCAGCUCCACGCUCCCCCGCGCCCAGCAGCGCAGCAGCCUGUCGCACCGCCUCAGCAAGGUCACUUUGUGACCCCCGCAGGGUGCUGGGGUCACCGGGCGUCGUGGGGGGGGGGGGGGGGGGGGGGGGGAGGGUGAAGGAGACGAUGAACCCAAGGGUGUUUGAGGUGUGGGUUGGAUUUUGGACUGUUUUAACUAUAAGCUGGAGAUGAAGGGUGGCAGAUAGCAAAGAUGUGAACUCUGAGGUGGGUUGAGAUGAUGAUAAUGAUGAACUGUUUUUUUUUAUCUUAUCCCCCUUUAAGUAUCUGCCUGCACAAGCCUGCCUCACCCUGCUAUAGCUGCCCCCCCCCCCCCCCCCCCCCCCCCCAGCCUCACUUCCUGUCCUGUAGUAGCCUGUGCCUUCCACAGCCUUAGCCCUGGCAUAUGCCCACGUGGCCUGGAAGACGCCCAGUUAGCCACUGACUCCGACACGGAUCCGGCCCAGAGUGGGGCCAGGUCCGUUUCAGAGGCUGGCUGCUACCUAAAGAGGUGAGCCGUGGAGGAAUUUAUGAGUGACCCCGAUGGCGGUUGGUCUUGUGGGACUGCGAUGAAGCUGCCAUAGGGGGGUGAUGACGACUCCUCCCGUUCACCUCCCAGCUCGUCCUCCUCCCCACUCCGGGCUGUUUUUGGUUUUGCACACGUGCAGGAGAAGCCUCCUGCUUACCGUCAGUAUUGUUCAGCCUUUAAAAAAGAAAAGAAAUCUCUCUUGUUCCACUCCCUCCCUCUCUCUUUCUCUCUCUCUCUCUCUCUCUCUCUCUCUCUCUUCUGUGAGCAUCACAAAUCACGAGCAGAGGAGGAAUUGACAGAGACUAAUGUCAGAUCUGUUGCUCUGAGUGUAGACAGAGAAGGACAUUUUUCAAAAGAGACCAUUCUCAGAUCUGUUGCCUUGAGCAGAGAUAAUGACAACAAUGAUGGUCCAGCUGUAAGCUGGAGACAUUUCAGAAGAGACUGAGCGCAUACCUAUUGCCUUGAGCGAAGGAGACGGAGGAGCAGACAUUUCUACAGAGACUGAACUCAAAUCUGUUGCCUUGAGCGAUGAUGGUAAUGGAGGAGGAAAUGUUUCAGAAAAAGACUGUUCUCAGAUCUGUUGCCUUGAGCUAUAGUGAAGACGAGUGAAUGAAAUCUUGUGUCCCCCUGUUGGGAAGGGGAGGUGGUGGAUCCCUGUGAUGCCAUGUUGCUUGCCGUCCGCUCCAUUUGUGCACCGUGUGGACAAGCGCGGACCCGUACCUCUCGUGUUUCCUGCGAGCUAUGUGACGAAUGCAUUGGAGAUUGCAUUCCGAUUGGUUCCUACUUGGUUAUAACAAGUUCAAUUCUUGUAUAUUCUUUCAGUAUUUCUCUCUUUCACCACUUUUUGGGUGUUUUUGUCUUUUAUUAUGUUCUCCUGUGAAGGUCGUAGCAGUCACACCUGUUGUCAGUCUGGUGGGUUUCUAACUGUAAGCCAGGGGCAAGAGAGCUGCCUGGGUUAGCCAUCUGUAUCAGAGUUGCAGCCAGAAAGAGUCAGCGCGGUGUUUUUCUGCAAUCAUCCCUGGUCUUCACCUUCUCUUUGCUUUCACACUUUGAAUUAAAUUGUAUUAUAUUUUCUUUGUUGUUUUAUUUUUUAUAUGUCAUUUUUGUCACAUGGAGAGAAAGAAAUAUUAAUGUUAAGAGAGUGCAAAGAGAAUGACACGGUGGUUUUAAUUACUGUCUCUAAUUUGUUGACAGAAGCCUCGUCAAGAAUUCAUGAAAGUAUGCCGUGAGACGUGACAGGAGGCAGACACUAGUGUUAUGCAGUGUUCUUAUUAAAAAAAAAAAUCGGUGAAUGUUUCUUCACCACACACCUCCCCCCUCCCCCUCACCUCUCAGUAGAGCCCCUUAAUUCAAUGAAAUGGAGUCCCAUGGUGCACACAACCCCUCUUCAUGACACUAAAUCACUUGUUCCCCAAUUCGCCCUUCCACACACACACACAGCGCAGUAGUGUUCUUUUCCCCUGACCGCAGUCAGUCAUUUCCCAGUGUCACUGACCCACAGUUUACACUCUAAUCUAAUGCUAUUCACCUCCAUCCCAUAAUAUCCCCCCCCGUCCCGUCCUGUCCCAGUAACUCUUCAAGCCUGCACUCAGACUGACACUAAUUCUGUUUAUGUUGCCUCUAGCUCCGCCAUGCUGCUGCUGCUGUUGUUGUUGCUGUUGUUGUUGACUGUGCCAUAUUCACAUAGACAUCCAAUGUUUUCAUGCUAACUCAAUAGCCUAGAAAAGCUGACAGUGAUGCAUUCAGAUGUGUGUCAUCUCUAUCUAUCCCUCCAUCAGCCCUCAAUGUAAGCAGUUACGCUUCACCAGGGUGCUCUGGAGUGAUGGAGAGAGGAGUGGUUACUGAGUCAUUGUCAUGAAUUUGAUUAAAUGCAGCACUUGUGGAUUUUCUCUCUGUUUUGAGUAUUUUCUUCACUGCCAAAGAAUUCUCUAUCUACAAAUGUCAAUGAAUAAAUUAUUAUUAUUAUCAUUA